AUGAGUUCUCAAUUUGCAAAUCGUCGAAAGCCGCGCAAAAUUGGUGGCGAAGAUGAGGAAAAUGACGCCGACGAGCAAGGUUGGUAUCUGCGAUCCAGCUCAUUUUUACGCGAUGAAUAUACUGAUGGAGAGCUGGUAGACUCUGGACCUGUUGUCAAACGCCCUCCGACUUCUAAAACGAAGCAAAAAUCCAAGAUGCGCCUUUCGUUCGGCCCCGGCAGUACCUCGAUGGCGGACGAUGACGACCAGGAAAGCGAAGUUGUCAUUCCCAAACGACCUGGCCUCGCGAAACGGGCUAUAGAGAAGAGCGCAUUCCAGCGGUCCUUGACUCCGUCCGGCGCAGGUGGUCAGAUUCCCCUCCGGGUAGGACCAGAGCAGGAUAGGCCGAGUUACAGCGACGAAUAUUUGAAAGAGCUUCGAAAUUCGACGCCCUCUACACCGAAGCCUGCAGCUGAGGAUGAGACGGAAAAGACAAUUGAUGUGGCUGCAAAGUUUGGUGAGGUCAUGAAGGUCUCGACGCCCGCUGCUAUUCCCAGCGAAGCAGAGAUUAGAGAAAAGAAAGCCCGAAGAGCACGGUUAGCGAAGGAGGAAGCCGCUCUGUCCACUGAGAAAGACUUCAUUUCCCUCGAGGACGAUAUGGACGAGGACAACUGGGAUCUUCAGGCGCGGCGAGAGGAUACGAGGCUCGUUCGUGAUGAUGAAGAUUUCGCAGAAGGCUUUGACGAGUUCGUCGAAGACGGACGGAUAUCCCUUGGGAGAAAAGCAGAGAAAGAGCAAAAGCGAAAACAGCGGGAAGAAAUGCGUGAACUCAUUGAUGAUGCCGAAGGCUUGUCGGAUGAUGAUGAUUCGGACUUGGAGGAAAAAGCAGCGUACGACGCCAGCCAGGCGCGAGCUGCUAUGGGUGUUAGCAGAGACCCUAUUGACCGUCCACGCACUCCGCCCAAGAUGACCUCGUUACCCCGUCUGUCGAACUCGCUUGAGCGUUUGCGUAUGAACUUGGCGGUCCUGGAGAAGUCAAAGACUCAGAUGAUCGACCGCAUGGAAGAACUGAGAAAGGAGAAGGCUGACAUAGCUGUUCGGGAAGUGGAAAUCCAGGCUCUAAUCAAAGAAGCCGGAGAUAAUUACGAGAAGCUCAAGCAGGAGGCUGGGAUCACUCCUGGCUCGGAUGGGAACCUAUCUACAGCCGAUGAGAUGGCGAAUUCGCGAGGCUUGGAGGGUCUUGGAAAUUCGGUGACAGCAUCUGCAAAUAACUCUGACCAUGAGGAGCCUUGA